UUAUUUCUCUGCGUCUCUCUUUCUUCACGAUAAAAAACUGCGAAACAAGCUGACCGUCACAAAAGUUAAUUGUGCACCAUUUCUGUGCUCUGUCUGGAAAUUCUAGGACUUAAAUUCCGAAUUAUUUCAAAAAAUGUCGGCAGAAGAAUCGAAAGACUCUGGAUUUCCACUUUUGCAGAUGGAGGGUAGUUCAACCUACAGCAGCACAUCUCAAACUGACACUGAAGAUGGAUCGAGGAUGCAUGGAACUGAUGUGGUAUUUGAUGAUGAGACAGCAAUGAGAAGGAAAACUAUGGAUGAGGAGAAUAUUGCAACAAAGAAAAGUACACCUAUUAUGAUAUUUCUGAAUGCUACAAUCAUUGGUUUAGUUGCAAUAACAUGGUGUUUAUCUACUCAAUUUAGUAAAACUGCUCUGAAUUUUGACAAGAAGCACUUCAACGCUCCAUACUUCAUGAUGUGGUUCAACACGAAUUUGAUGAUUCUCUGCUUUCCAGCAUACAUAAUUGUUGAUAAAUUGAGAUCCAGAAGAACUGUGAAUGUGAUUGUUGGAGAAACCUUUCGCACAUUUGGAAAAAAGAAGGGAUUCAACAUCCGUAACCUGUUCAUCUACGUAACUCCGUUUGUCGUGUUCUGGGUUGGAGCCAAUUAUCCAUACGUCAGAGCUCUUCUGCUCAUUUCUCCAAGUGUUGCGACGUCGAUCAGUGCCUGCAACGCUGCGUUUGUGUACAUUCUCGCAAUUAUUGUGCUUGGUGAUACAAUUAACAUUUUCAAGAUUCUGUCAGUUGUCCUUGCUAUUGGUGGAGUUGUCGUGAUCUCAUUGGAUAAUGAAAUGAAAGUUGAAUGGGUUGGAAUUAUGUGUGCAGUUAUCUCAGCAUUUAUGGCUGCAGUAUACAAAGUUACAUUCAAAAGAGUCAUUGGAAAUGCUUCACUUGGAGAUGUUUCACUUUUCAUGUCAUGUCUUGGAUUCCUUAAUCUGUGCAUUAACUGGGUACCUGCGUUGAUUCUCGCGUUGACAGGAGUUGAGACACUUCAAUUUGCAUAUGCUCCAUGGGGUCCGAUGGUUGGAGCCGCUUUGCUUUCUAUGGCAUUCAACUUUACCAUCAACUUCGGAAUUGCUCUUCUGAAUCCACUCGUCAUCUCUGUUGGUAUGCUUUGUGGAAUUCCAUUGAAUACUGUAAUCGAUAUCCUAUUCCGUGGACUGGAAACAACAACUUUAUUCCUAGUUGGAACAUGUCUCAUAAUUCUCUCUUUCAUCUUAAUCAUCAUUCCAUACGACAAAUUGAAUAUCGGUGGAAACCUCAAACAAUGCUAAAAAUGAGAAAAUGGCCGAAUCAACAUGUGAAAAAUUGUAAAUUAUUAUCAUUAUUAAUUUUUAACAUUAUUUUUUAAAGCAUAAUAUUUAAUUUCAAGGUUGUUUUGUUUCCAAAAGUUAGUGAUUAAUUGAAAAUGGUAACUGGUAUUGGUAUUCAAAAUACCUUCAACUUUUCAUUCCUAACAACUUUUUCUUCAUUUGUUUUCUCGUCUAGAAACUUUUGAUAAUAAUAAUAAAACAAUUUUUCAAAAGAAAUAAAAGAUCAUUAAAAUGUAAAAU